AUGUGGUGGCAAACCGUGGCCGUGUGCCUGACGCUGGCCCCCAGGGCCCUGCCAGCCUCAGGACCCAGCAACGGGAGCCCAGAGGGGGGAGAGCGGGAGGUGACGGAUGCCUGUUGGGGUUACUACGAUGUGAUGGGGCACUGGGACCCACCAUUCAACUGCAGCACCGGUCCCUACCUGUACUGUUGUGGAAGCUGUCAUUACCGCUUCUGCUGCCAGUUCCACAGCUACCGGCUGGCCCAGGCUGCCUGCAACAACUACCGGCUGCCCGCCUGGGCCGAGGGGGUGCCCAGCCCAGGCACUGGCCCCCGCCUGGGCCGCGGCGGAUCGGGCGCCAGGGCGGGGGGGGCCGACUUCACGGGGGACGAUGAAGACGAGGAGCAGCGCAGCCUCGGAGCGGGUCGAGCAAACGCCGCAGUCUACGUCGUCUGCGCUGGCCUGGCCCUGGUUCUGGGCGCCGGCAUUGCUGCUAGGCUUGCAUUCCGCAAAGCCGCCCGCGGGCCCCGCCACCUUAAUGUCUCCAGGGCCCUGGUCAGCAUCCUGCGCCACCAGUCGGUCUCCACGCCGGACGCUGAGCAGAACAACCUGACCAACACUGGGAGCUCCGUGCCGGCCCCAGACAACCAGCCUCACAUUGUCAAGAACCACUACACCCCAAGCAAGUCCUGCAAGAAUCCCUCAGGCCAGGUCCCCCAGAGCCGGAGACAGUCCGGAGACGGCACCCUCCAGCGGAUGCAAGGAAACACAUACCACAACCUGAAACACGUGGUGGGAAGCAGCCCAGGACAUGCAGGGACCCUGCCCCUUGACCGUUCUCGAGGGCAUCAUCACUCCCGGCAGAGUGGACUUCUCACCUCGUGUUCCUACCACAACCUCUCCCACCUCCCGCCCACGUACGAGACCGUUGUUCGGCAGGAUGUCAACAGAUACUCCUCCCUCCGCAGGCUUGCCCGAGACGUUGAGGAUUGCUGCCAACACCGUCACCUCCCCGAGACCCCCGGACGGGGCACCCUCCCCCUGCGGCGCACACCCCGUAACCACCCCUGCUCCAGUGCCUUACCGCCGUCACCCUCCCCAUGCCCGAGACGGGCCAUCUCCCAGGACCGCCUGCUGUCCGAGCCGGGACACCCAGCCGCCUCCUCCUUCCCCCCUCUCCCCCCUCCGAGGCCACGCUCCUCCCGCUCCCGCGAGCGGCUUUGCCCCUCUAAGGCCCUCUCCUACGGGAACGUCUCGUCGCCCUCCCGUCCCUGGAUCGAGCGCCACCAGAUCGUCAAGAUGAACUCCCACCCCUCGGCCGGCUCUCCCCGAGGGGGGGCUGGGGGAGGGGCAGGGGCAGGGGUGGGCACUCUGCCCAGUGCCGAGCGUCGCCAAGCCUUUGCUGCCAAGAGGCACAGUACCGUGGACCAACUCCAGCCCUUGCCAGGGCACCCGGGGACCCAGAUCCGCUCAGGCUCCAAGGCGGAGGUCACCGUCUGA